GAUCACAAUAUUUUCAAUUCGCUAGCAACAGAUUAUCUAAAACGCUCUUGUAUUACACAAUCGUUAAGAAAUUUGUUACAUUAAUCUGAAGGCUGAAGCUUGCUGAGUCAUUGAUUCGAGAAGGAAAAAAGAAUCAAACUAAUGGAGCAUGAUGGCGGGUCAGGAGACGAAGAAGAAGAAGACAACAAAGCUGCUUGGCUCCUUGGGAUCAAAACCCUUAAAAUUCAGCCUUACCAUCUUCCUCCUCUUGGUCCUCAUGAUGUUAAAGUUCGGAUAAAGGCGCUUGGUAUAUGUGGAAGUGAUGUUCAUCACUUCAAGACAAUGAGAUGUGCAAAUUUCAUCGUCAAAAAGCCAAUGGUUAUAGGACAUGAAUGUGCUGGGGUCAUAGAAGAAGUUGGGUCCGGAGUGAAGUCUUUAGCAGUAGGAGACCGUGUAGCCUUGGAGCCUGGAAUCAGUUGCCGACGGUGCAACCUCUGCAAAGAUGGUCGAUAUAAUCUAUGUCCUGAAAUGAAGUUAUUUGGUUCUCCCCCAACUAAUGGUGCUCUUGCCAAUAAGGUAGUGCAUCCUGCAAAUCUGUGCUUCAAACUACCAGAAAAUGUGAGUAUGGAGGAGGGAGCAAUGUGUGAACCUCUCAGUGUUGGUGUCCAUGCUUGUCGCCGUGCUAAAAUUGGACCUGAGACAAACAUAUUGAUAAUAGGAGCAGGGCCAAUAGGCCUAAUCACUUUGUUGGCUGCUCGUGCAUUUGGUGCUCCUAGAGUUGUGAUUGUUGAUGUUGAUGAUGGCCGUCUAUCCAUUGCAAAGAAUCUCGCUGCAGAUGAGAUAAUUAAAGUCUCAACCAAUACCGAGGAUGUAGAUCAAGAAGUAACGACCAUACAAAAUGCUAUGGGCUCAGGCAUUAAUGUGAGCUUUGAUUGUGUGGGCUAUAAGAAAACCAUGUCUACAGCUCUGAAUGCCACACGUUCAGGUGGCAAAGUUUGUCUCAUUGGAUUAGCCUCGAGCGAGAUGACUCUCCCUCUUACUCCAGCUGCGGCGAGGGAGGUUGAUGUUAUUGGGAUAUUUCGCUAUAGGAACACAUGGCCACUCUGCAUUGAAUUCUUAAGGACUGGUAAGAUUGAUGUUAAACCACUGAUAACACACAGGUUUGGCUUCUCACAAGAGGAGGUAGAAGAAGCCUUUGAAAUCAGUGCGGGUGGUGGUGCUGCCAUUAAGGUCAUGUUUAAUCUGUAAACAUUAAAGAGUUAUGCCUUUGAAAAGAUGCCGUUGGAUUUAUCCCAAGCAUUCUUCAUUAGCCAUAAUUCCUUGGAAGAAGCUCAUCUCUGUAUGUAUAGAGUAGUAUGCAUCACCUUGUAAAUUUCUCUCUUUUGUGUGUUUAAGAACCUUUUUGAGUUUAAGAACCUCAUUAUAAUGAAAUAAAGAGGCCAUAACAGGCAAUAUGAAGGUA